AGAGAAAUUAUUUUUUUCUAUUUUCUGUAUCGCGAGAAAUCUAUCAAUUGAUUUGUUGUACAUUAAAUAGCAAUGCUGGAAAUGUAAUAAUCAACUUUUUUUUCGAUUCAUUCUUUAUGCAAGAUCAGUGGUCACGAGCGCCUGACGAAAGGCAUUCAACUUGAAGAAGCGUUUGCAGGGUUUCAUAUAAUACAGGCGUGUGUAUAUAAGCAACGGUUUUCCGGAUUUUAAAGUCACUAUCCGUUCUCUGCUUGUCGAGGUUGUCUUUACCAAAAAGUCGCCAUCGCGAUUCUGAUAUCGUUAUUCACUGAGUGCCGACCUUGACGCUAAUUUAAAUGUGGGCGUUUACUAAUGUAUAUCGAUUUUUGCUAUUUUCUGUGUUGUGCACUUUUCAAUGUUGCCGGUGUUUUCCCGCCGAUUUCGAAAGUGCAGAUCCAGGGGGAAUCGAACAUCAGGAAUGGCGGGCACGUCUUCAGCAGGCGGAACUGCUUCGAUUUCCGGGAAACGUUUCCCGCCCGUAUUAUCGCGGCAAACGAUUCAUCAUUCUAGGUCCGAGAAGUUUGAGUGAACAGAAAACGUAUCAAGCUUGCAUCGCGCCGGGUAAUCAAAGCGGCCACUGCAAACACUUCAGUGGAUGCGUCCUUGAUGAGUUCCGCUCGAACUUCUCACGAUUUAUGGAUUAUAUGUGCAUAAUUGAGCAAACGUACGUCGGCUUGUGCUGUCCAGACAGCAUCCUGGCACAUAAAUUUGGCAAGACCUAUGACAAUGAUUUAGCCAGCAUGCUACCGGCGAUAGCGAACAUCGAUGACGAUAAAGACAAAUUGGAGGAAAUCCACGAGAACGAGACUGAGCCAACUGACAUCGAAGAAAUACCGGACGAAUUGAUUUGGCGAUUGAAUGAAGCAAACUCGUCGGUUACUAAGGAGACGAUGAGAAAGCCACGAAGACCCAGAGGAUGCGGCACAACCACAAAAGUGAAGACCAGAAUCGCGGGCGGUCAACCGGCCGAUCCUAAAGAGUGGCCGUGGAUGGCGGCUCUUCUCAGAGAAGGCACGAUUCAAUAUUGCGGGGGUGUGCUGAUCACCGAUAGGCAUGUACUUACCGCAGCACAUUGCGUUUAUAGGUACAAUCCGCGAGACAUCACGGUGAGACUCGGCGAGUACGAUUUCACCAAGUCGGACGAGACGCGAGCAUUGGAUUUCACGGUGACGGAGAUACGGAUACACCGCGAUUUCAAAUACAACACUUACGAGAACGACAUCGCCAUCAUUAAGAUCCACCGACCCACCACGUUCAAUAGCUACAUUUGGCCUAUCUGCCUGCCGCCCAUCCAACAAACGUUCGAGAAUAAGGACGCUAUUGUUACCGGGUGGGGCACGCAAUAUUACGGAGGACCCGCAAGUACGGUGCUGAUGGAAGUCGCGGUACCGGUGUGGUCCCAAGAAAGAUGCGUUCGCAGCUUUACGCAACGGAUCCCGAACACCACCAUGUGCGCCGGCGCUUACGAGGGAGGUCGUGACGCCUGUCAAGGUGACUCUGGCGGUCCAUUGCUGCAUCAACUCUCCAAUGGCAGGUGGGUCAACAUUGGAAUAGUGUCCUGGGGAAUUCGCUGCGGUGAACCUGGAUAUCCAGGAGUAUACACUCGCGUGAGCUCUUACCUGGAUUGGAUAUUCGCAAACGCCAUAUUCUAAGCAUCAGACGGCUCUUCGCUCGUGCCAAAGAUUUUUCUACUUUUAUAUGCCUCGUCACGCCUAUGUAAAGCGUAUGUAAGCCACAAGCCUAAUAAAAAGAGAUUUCUUAUCACAAAUUUAA